UGUAAAUAAAAUCUUCUUCGCCGUUUAUAAACUGAACUCAUCUCUGAACUCAUCCCGUUUGUCUCCGACAGCCAAUGAGAAGCUGCAGCCGGAGCAGCGCCACCCUCUGCCGUCGUACCGCGACUACGUCAGCAACUCCUCCGUCAGAGCGUAUCAGAGCGACUACUUCUCCAGCCGCUGCCCGCAGGACGCCGACACGUCCGCCGGACAGGUGGUGGAGGUGAACCUCGGGGCCGGGGGGGAUCGGCUGGGCGGGGCCUGUGACCGGUACCAUGAUGACGACGACCUAUACCUGAGCGACAGCUACGGAGGCUUCUGUGACGGACCGCUGAAACCCAAAACCUCCUACAGGCUGAGUGUGAGAGCUUUCACCAGACUGUUUGAUGAAAACCACCGAGAGUUUCCUCAGCCGCUCUUCACGGACACUUACCUGUCCUCACCAAUCAGGACACACUCAGAGCCGUUAGGCGGCGUCGUGGAGGGUCUGAGUGCCGGCAUGUUCCUGAUCGGGAUGAUGGUGGCCGUCGUCUCUCUGCUGGUUUACAGACAGCGGCUACGCAAAGUGGCCGUCCAGGAGAACCCGGUGGUGAGGAUGAGUAUAUGGAAAGAAGCUCCAUCUUCAGGAUUGUAUCUCGGCGUGAGGAGCAAUCGUCGGGUCACCAGUCCGAUCAAAGCCGUUCACUUUGAGUCUCAUCUGAACAAACUAACGGCCGACUCCAACUACCUGCUGUCUGACGAGUUCGAGGAUCUGAAGGAUGUUGGAAGAAACCAAACGAUGGACGUUGCUCGACUGCCGGAGAACCGAGGAAAGAACCGCUACAACAACAUCCUGCCAUGUUAGUAUGUGUGUGUGUGUGUGUGUGUGUGUGUGUGU